AUGGUAGAAACUAUGGUACGCGGCAAGUCGGUCGCGUACGUACAGCUACCAGAGCUGGACGGACACUCGCGGAAGGUUUAUGCUCUUGAAUUCAAUUGCAAUGGAUCUAUGUUAGCAUCAGGCUCUAACGAUCGGAGUAUCCGCAUCUGGGAUCCCGCUGCGGAGCGAGAACUUAUCGAUUUACGCGGACACUCGGACUCAAUUAUGUCAUUGGCUUGGGAUCCUACAAUGCCACACCGCUUGGCCAGCACAGGUGCUGACAAAACUGUUCGCUUUUGGGAUGUCAAGAGCGGGCGCAUAGUCAACAGCGUCUCGCUGCCCAGCGACGCUGUUAACAUUGCGUACAGCCACGACGCCAAAUACGUUGUGGUGGGUAAUUUAGAUUGCAUCACACUCAUCGAUACGCGUAAGGCGCGCGUAGUACGUCGUGUUGUAAACCCGUUCGAGUCGUAUGAGAUGCAAUUCAGCAAGGACGGAUUUCUCUUCGUGGCGGCAGGUCAUGCUGCUGGAUUUGGUACAUUUGAAAUUAUGCGUGUAGUUGCUGAGAAAAAAGGAAAUCCGUCUCUAGAAAGUGCCCACAAGGUCACCGCACAUGCAGGAAGCUGUGUCUGCCUCGAUUUACAUCCGACUCGAAGAUUCCUUGUUUUAGGGGGGCUGGAUUCUCUGGUGAGUAUGUGGGAUUUAGAAGAACUCUACUGCGUCAAAACUUUUGUUGUCACAACAUCAAGCAUCCGGUCUGUACGCUUCAGUCACGAUGGCAAAUAUAUAGCGAUUGGCAUGGAUGAUCCCAACUUGGUCGUAGUAGACGUUGAAAGCGGCGAUAAGGUUAUCAACCUGCAGCUCCAAAACAACUUGCAGUACCUGAGCUGGCACCCUAGUAAAAAUCUUCUGGCCUACGUCGGAGACAAGGCCGCUAGUGAUAAGAACUCUAACCGUGACGGCGUCAUCAAAAUUAUUGAGAUGACAAAGUAG